AUGGAAUUUCCAAAAUUGUUAUUAAAUAUUGGCUUAAUAUUGGUCACAAGAACAGUGUUUUGCAUCGAUAAUAAUAAUGUAGAAAUUAUCGAUCGUUUACCCAACAACACGAUACCAAUUCAUUAUAACAUUAAUCUAACACCGUAUCUUGAAGAAGGCAACUUUACUUUUUAUGGUGAAUCCAAUACCAAUAUUGAGAUUCGUUAUGCAUCGUUAAAAAUAAACUUACAUUCGAGAGAUUUAGAAAUAAACGAAACAGCUACAACGUUGAUUAAUGACAAAGAUACAGUUUAUAAACCGAUGACACAUAUUCAGAACAAUGUAACGAACAUUUUGACACUCAAUUUCGACGUUGAAUUAUCACCUGGUUUUUACGUUUUAAACAUGAAAUUUGCUGGGCAUCUACUUGAACCUAUAUCUAACCAAGGGGGUUUUCUGAAAUUUCCAAUUAAUAAAGAAAACGUUACCAAAUGGUUAGCCACAACGUAUUUUGAGCCAAAUAACGCCAAACGAGUGUUUCCAUGUUGGGAUGAGCCAGCGUUAAAAGCUACCUUCAAUAUCUCUGUAAAGCAUGAUAAAAAAUAUGGUGUAUUAUCGAAUAUGCCAAUACGAGAGCAAUUUCUGGAACAAGAUGGUAUGAUACGGACACAUUUUGACAUCACUCCUAUAAUGUCUACUUAUAUUGUGGCGAUUGUGAUGUUCGAUUUCGUUAGCGUUUCAAACGCAAACAAAACUAUCAAUAUGUGGUGCAAGUCGUCUUUGACAUCGAAAAUAAAAUUCGCACACAGUAUUGCUGAAAAGAUCAUAGAGUUCUUAAUUCAAUAUACCAAUAGUUCCCUGAAGGUACCGAAAAUGGACCACGUCUUGAUACCGAAUUUUUUAGUUGGUGGCAUGGAAAAUUGGGGACUCAUCACUUACCAUGAAUCAGAAAUUACCUACGAUGAUAAUAGCGAUUCAGUAUAUCAGAAAACACAAGCAGCGUUGAUAGUAGCACAUGAACUUGCACAUCAAUGGUUUGGCAAUUUGGUCACUCCAUCUUGGUGGUCCUAUCUGUGGUUAAGCGAAGGACUUGCUGCGUUCUUCGAAACAUACAUAAUAAAUGAGAUUUUCAAAGAUUGGCGGAUGAAAGAUUUUCUUGCGAUUUAUACAAUACAGCAAUGUUUUCUUAAAGAUAUAAGCUUACUAAAUUCUGUCACAUUAAAACUUGGCAAUAUUCUCAAAGCGGAGUCGAUAUUUUCUGAUGAAGUUUAUAAGAAAGCGCCAGUUUUAUUGCGCAUGUUACAGAAUACAAUUACUGAUGAGGUAUUUAAAAAGGGUCUCAUUACGUAUUUGAAUAAGUAUCAAUUUAGCACAGCUACACCAGAUGAUUUAUGGAGCGCUAUGCAAAGUGCUCUGAAUGAAUCUAAUAUCCCGCACGAAGAUUACAGAAUAAAAGAAGUGAUGGAUACUUGGAUGAAUCAAGAGCGUUAUCCUUUUGUAUAUGUGACAAGAAAUUACGAAACUGGCGAAGUGACAAUAUCACAAUCAUGUGUCCGGCAUCAUAGUGAGACUGAUCAAGCUACUAAAUGGUGGAUUCCUAUAACUUUCGCUACGCAGUCCAAUCCGGAUUUUUCCAAUACUGUACCUCGUUAUUGGUUACGAUCAGAUCAAAAUAAUAUAAGCUUUACAAUUAAUCCAAAUGAUUGGAUUAUUGUCAAUUUACAACAAACUGGGUAUUAUCGUGUUAGUUACGAUACCAAGAAUUGGCAAAAACUUGCACAUUAUUUAAAUAGUAACGAAUAUACGAAUAUACAUGUUCUUAAUCGUGCUCAAAUCAUCUUUGAUUCGCUUGCAAUGAUAUUUGCUGAUCGAAUAAAUGGAUAUUUAUUCGUUCAUUUGAUAAAUUAUCUCAGUCAAGAGAGAGAGUAUGCGGUAUGGCAAUCAUUGUUUCAAAUGAUAGAACUUAUGCCAAAUAUUAUUUUACUGCAGGAGUUCUCUCAUAUUAAGAUACGUUUAAUGCAACUCUUGGACAAACUUCUUUAUUACGUAGGAUACGUAAACAAUCCUAAUGAUGAUGAUGUCACAGUACUAACAAGGCUAAAUGCUUUAAAAUGGGCAUGUGCUCUUCAUCACGAAGAAUGCAAGAAAAUGACCGCACUUAAAUUAAGCGAAUAUCUUGCGGAUCCUAAAACUCACAAAAUUUCAGAUGAGGAAGAAUUUAUGUACUGUACUGGUAUGAUGGCAGCCAAUAGAACUACUUGGGAUAAAAUGUUGGAAUUAUACUUAAAUAAUGAUCUAAAAGGGGAGCAAGCUGAAAAACAAAUAUUAGAAAGUUUGAGUUGCGCUGAAGAUCCUGAUAUUAUCAUCAAUUAUUUAAAUAUUUUAGCAUUGAAUACUUCAUUAUUUCACGAUUAUGAGCAUUCUCUUGCUUUCGAGCACAUUGUUAAGAAGCAUGCGCACAACGACACAAUCCGUGACUAUGUACAAAAGUUCUUAGAAAAUAAUGUCAUUGAAGAUUUAGACACUUUUUCUGUAAUUCAAAUACUAAUAGAAGAGCGAACGGAAUAUCUUGACCAAAUCGUACAAGUUUCUAAGAAGUUUCAUUACAGAGAAGAAGACUUCGCUUAA